UCUGCUGAACAAUCAAUCAAUAGGAAAGAUUCCUUCCUGACGCGAUCCUCGUCACAGUUAUGGCCUUCGCGUGCAAAUUUAUGCCCGUGCAAUGUUUUGGCACCAAUCGUGGCACGAGAGCUAAAAACGAAUCCACGCAAUGUUCGGUCAGCGGAGAGGGCUUAACCUUAGCAGUGGUUGGCGAACCAGCAAAGUUCAUCCUGCGUACUUCAGGUCCAGACCUCCUCUUCUUAGAGCUCCAAAUUACUCGAAUCGUCAAGAAAGGAAAUGAGACUCUAAUUCAUCUCACGGAGCCAAUCCCUGUCGAGUACGAAUGCUUGGGAGAGAAUCUACAUAGCGUGUGCUAUUAUCCUAAAGAAGAAGGCGAAUAUCACGUGGCUGUCACGUGGAAGGGCACCCACGUCUCUGGAAGUCCGUUUGUUGCAAAGGUAGUUAAACGUGAAGCAGUAAAAAUCAGUGUUGAGCUGGAACAGAAGGAAAACAAGGAAGAGGUGUGGCAAUUGAGAGAUGACGUCAAGUCGUCAAGGCGACAGAGGGGUAACAGAGUUUGACCACGCAUGCGCGUUUGGUAUCCAGUGUGUUAGUGAGAAGCUGUUGAUGAGAAGGAACACAAUGAACUCAUGUUGGUUAAAACGUUUGUAAUCGGCAAUGGAACCGCUGUUUUCGGCGACCAAGGGAAGGAAACGUGGAUGAACUUUGCAAAAGUGGUAUUAUACCCUGUUAGCUCCCGUUUAUUCCAACGUGGACAAGCCUAUUAACCAAGCUCAAACUGAAAAUCAUCUUCUUAUUGGCUGUUUUUUUUUUUAAUUUUAAAUGCAUUGAAAUUUAAAGGGAAAUAAGUAUUUAACCCUAUGUUAUCCAACUUCGAGAACAAGUCACGUUUAUGAUUCAUAGAAGUUUCCUUGGCUGGAACAUUUUGGUUGCGUAUUUCAUCAAAGAACUGCUUUUCUGUCAAAACCCCCCAAUUAUGAACAUUAAACUGGUACCUUCACCACACUUUACUUGAAUAUUGGAAUUAUGUGUCUUUAUUUUAACAUCAAAAUCUGAAAGAAUGGACUGGGGCUCCGGACUAGGGACUGGGAACAGGAGACUGGGGAAGUCGGGAAACCGCGGAACUCAAGAGAAAAAAAAAACCAAAGAAGGUAGAGAAGCUUCCAGUGUAAUUCCUCAAGAGCAUGUAUUGUGGUUAUAUUGCAGAAUUCUUUUUACAGGAAAGGCGCGGAAAAGGUGUGUUAGCUUUCGAAAUGAAAAAGUGAAGAGUUUCCAAACGUUUUCUCUCUUGCACCUGUAAAGCUGGUGAGAAUUUUCCUGACAUAAAAAA